UUUUUUGCUGUAAUUUGAUCAUUUGGCAGCGGUACUCGUGCAGGCUCUCCCUUAAGCGAUGGGGGUAGCGGGACUUUUCGGAAGAUGAUCAACUUUGUACGUCGUAGCGACUGCCACAUCAUUCAGUUUAUGGACAACAACAUGCUCACGGUUUUAAUUCUUUUAAGCGCACUGGCGACAUGCUUGUGCUUUCCACGACUAUGUACACCGGAAGAAGCAGCAAUAGGAAGAUGCAGAACACCUGCAGGAGAGAGGCCGCAGUGCAUAGAGAUGGUGCUUGGUUACUGUCAGGAUGUGCCCUACAGCCACACCACAUUCCCCAACAUUGUGGGCCACCGUUCACUGCAGGAUUUAGAGAUGGGCGCAGAGUACCUUCUCUUGAGUGUGAUCCACGGACUGCUGAAAGGAGAGUGUUCUCCAGACAUCCGUCUGUUGGGCUGCUCCGUAUUGGCUCCACGUUGUCAAGACGGCAGACUUAUGAAGCCGUGCCGUAGCACAUGUGAGAUGGUGAAAAAAAGCUGUAUCCAUGCCUUUGAGGCCAUACAAAUGGCAUGGCCUUACUUUCUGGACUGCGACCGAUUCUUUGUUGGCAGUGAGGAGGGUUGUUAUGACCCAUUGUCAGAGCUAAGAGAAAAGCAGGAAGUGGCCUUCGCCAACAUAUCUGAUGGUGGUCUUUCCACUAUCAUUCAGUUCACUUACCACUCUAACUCUCAGAUGUUCAGCAUCCUGAAGAAGACAGCAGCAAAAUGCCCUCAUAUCUCACAAACAUACAGCAUUGGACGCAGUGUGGAAGGAAAAGACUUACUGGUUAUUGAAUUCUCUAAUAACCCUGGACAACAUGACCUAUUGGAGCCGGAGAUAAAAUUAAUUGGAAACAUGCAUGGAAACGAGGUUCUCGGCCGACAGCUGCUGAUAUACCUGGCUCAGUAUCUGUGCUCUGAGUAUCUGCUGGGCAAUGAGCGAAUUCAGACCCUCAUCAACACCACACGCAUCCAUAUCCUGCCCUCCAUGAAUCCUGAUGGCUAUGAGAUUGCCGCUUCUGAGGUAGCCGAUAGGAAUGACCCCGAAAACAUCUACCAGGAAGGUCAUGAGUACAAUGGAUGGACCAGCGGUCGGGCCAAUGCACAGAAUCUCGAUCUGAACCGCAACUUCCCUGACCUCACCUCCAUCUUCUACAAUCGGCGUCGCUUCAGACAUUUCCGUAGUGACCGCAUACCCAUCCCUGAUUCCUACUGGUUAAAUAAGGUAAUUGCACCAGAGACCUAUGCUGUAAUGAAGUGGAUAAGAUCCUAUCCUUUUGUUAUAUCUGCCAGUCUACAUGGAGGAGAACUGGUCAUAUCAUACCCUUUUGACUUCUCUAGACACCCCCAAGAAGAAAGGAUGUACUCACCCACACCAGAUGAACAAAUCUUUAGGCAGUUGGCUAGGAUAUAUGCAGAUGCCCAUGCCACAAUGUCCAACAAUGACACAGAGAGAUGUGGAGCCUCAUUUGCCAAUAAAGGAGGGAUAACAAAUGGAGCACAGUGGUAUAGCUUUGCUGGAGGGAUGUCAGAUUUUAACUACCUGCACAGUAACUGUUAUGAGAUCACAGUGGAGUUGGGCUGUGAUAAAUUCCCCUCUGAGGAGGAGCUCUACCCUGAGUGGCUCAGGAAUAAGGAGGCACUGCUCAGCUUCAUGGAGUCUGUCCACAGAGGUAUAAAGGGCAUUGUGAAGGAUGAACAUGGGAAUGGCAUUAAAGGAGCCACAAUAACUGUUAGGGGGGUGCGACAUGACAUCACUACAGCUGAGGACGGUGAUUACUGGAGAUUGUUGAAUCCAGGUGUCCACAUUGUGACUGCAGCUGCCUCUGGCUACUCUAAAGUAUCCAAGCGCAUUAACAUGCCAAGGAACGUUCGGGUGGGCAGAGUGGACUUUGUGCUGAAGAAGGCCCCACGAGAACCCUCUCUUGACUACUUUAACAUCCCUGAGCUGGACAAUUAUGAACGUUUUGACCCAUUUAAUCAGUUUGAGCAGGACAGCCAGAGGGAGCUGGGAGAGAAUGGGGAGGAGAGAACUGAGAAGCCCUGGUGGUGGGCCUAUUUCAGCCAGUUAGGCAUAUCUGCGCCUACCUGGCUCCUGCGGAACUACUAGGGACCCUCAGGACACCAUUGGAGAGCAACCUGAUCCCUAACUUUUUGCACCCAAGCCUUACUUGAUUGUCAUCAUGAUGGUAUAGCAUUAACUCCUUAUGACAUGCUAGAUGUGCAGCUAACCACUGGGAAUGGUGAAGCAUUACUGCUUUGGUAAAUAGCCAAAAAAGUCAAAAGUUUGGAAUAAUUUUUUAAUAAGUCUCUUGUGCUCACUAAGGCUGAAUUUAUUUGAUCAAAAAAAAAAAAAAAAAAAAGAAAAAAAAAGAAGUUAAAACAGUGAUAUUGUGCAAUUAAUACAAAAAUAAUAAACCAGUCUCUGGUGUCCCUAGAAUAUGUCUGAAGCUUCAGCUCAAAAUACCCCACAGAUCAUUUAUUAUAGCUUGUCAAAUUUGCCCCUAUUUGGGUGUGAGCAAAAACAUGUUGUUUUUGUGUGUCCCUUUAAAUGCAAAUGAGCUGCUGCUCCCAGUCCACUUUCCAGAAGAGGGCGGAGCUUUAACAGCUCUUUUGUGCAAAUCCAGCAUUGUGAGCAAAUUGACCCUUGUUUGUGAAGCAGUCCAGCGUAAAAUGACGGCAUGCUUCUCUAAAGCAGCCCAACAUGGCCUCAUCCCCUUUGUUGCGUGUUCCCGGGAGCAGGGUUUAUGCAAAUUUUGGGGUUUGUGAUGUCACCAACCCGGGAAGAAGGUUGUUGUAGUCCCUACCAGCCAUUUGUUGUAGUCCUUAAAAAGCGAUUUUUGUAAAAGAAAAUAUCUCCCUUUGCAUUUAACUUCGUAUCUUUGUUGUAACUUUGCAUAUGUUGUUUAUGCUUAAACAGCAACAUUAACUAAAGUUAAAAAGUUAAAUCAUAAUCAAGGACCCCUUUAAUAUAUUUUAAAAUAGAGUCUCCAGUCUUCAAUGUCACAUGAUCCUUCAGAAAUCAUAUGAGAAAUCAGAAAUCAAUAUGCUGAUUUGGUGCUCAAUUAUUAUCAGUUGUUCUUGGUGCUCGGUUAUUAAUAAUGGUUCUUAUCAUCAUUAUCAAUGUUUUUAUCAAUGUUGGAAACAUUUUCUGUUGCUUAAUAUUUUUGUGGACACCAUUUACAGGAUUCUUUGAUUAAUAAAAAGUUAAAAAUAACAGCAUUUAUCUGAAAUAGAAAUCUUUUGUAACAUUAUAAACGUCCUUUUUGUUACUUUUGGUCAGCUUUUUAUGCAUCCUUGCUGAAUAAAAGUAUAUAUAUUUUUUCUUACUUAAACUUUUGAAUGGUAUCACGGUUCCCACAAAAAAUUAUGUAUCAAAAUCUGUUUUUUAACAUUAAUAAUAAUAAGAAAUGUUUCUUGAGCACCAAUUCAAUAUAUUAAAAUGAUUUAGGAAGGAUCAUGUGACACUGAAGACUGGAAUAAAUUACAUUUUAAAAUAAUUAUUUUAAAUUGUAAUAAUAUUUCACAAUAUUUACACUAUUUUUGAUUGCAUAAACACAGCCUUGGUAAGCAUAAGAGCAUUUUUUUUCACCCCCAAAUACAUUUAAAAAAAUCGUAAUUCUUUUAAACUCUUGAUCGGUAGUGCGUCAGACUGGCAUCAUAACAGAAUUCACCUGUAAAAGUAAGAGGAAGUAUUUUCUUUUAUUUUCUCUUUUAUUUUUCUUCAGCACUAGAUCAAAUUCUCCAAAAGCAGCUAUAAACAGCUUACUCUGAUAAAGUUUGGCAGCUAGACAUGGAUAGCAUUGCAUAGUAAAUGAUAGCAUUGCUGUGGCUUUUGCAGUGUGUUAUCUGUUAUCAGGGCAUAUAUUGUAUAUUAAUCUUUUUCUGGCACAUUAAGGAUGUUCAGUGCAUGACUUUUGAGGCUGUCAUUAAAGUGUUAAAAGUACUGUUUUAAAUAGCCAUAAAAAACAAACAAAAAACAAUUAAGGCAUUUUCCCCUUUUUUGCCAAGACAUUAUCUUUCAAACAUGGACUGAACAUCAAGUUAAAUAAAAGAACAAACUUCUGUGCAA